ACAAGCUUAACAACAAGCGCUGGAGUGAUGGCGUCGGUGGCGGUCUUAUUGCGUCGGUUUCUCAAAAAACCUUCUUAUAUUAACAAUGUCACUCGGAUUACACAAGUGCAUCGGGGAAGUGUAUAUUUCCUGUCAACCUCUGCUCAUUUAAAUGCACGGUUUUAUGAAUCGUCUCUUGAAGCUGUUAAGGAUGUCCCUACAGGCUCUAAGCUACUGGUUGGAGGCUUUGGUCUCUGUGGUAUCCCGGAGAAUCUCAUUGGAGCUCUGCUUGAAACUAAGGUGAAUAAUCUGACUGUUGUAAGCAACAAUGCAGGCAUUGAUAACUUUGGGCUGGGCUUGUUGCUCAACCAGAAACAGAUCAAGCGUAUGAUUUCAUCAUAUGUUGGAGAAAAUGCUGAGUUUGAGAGGCAGUACCUGAAUGGAGAGUUGGAAGUGGAGUUGACACCUCAGGGUACACUAGCUGAGCGGUGUCGUGCUGGAGGUGCCGGUAUUCCUGCAUUUUUCACCCCUACAGGUUAUGGCACACUUGUCCAUGAAGGAGGAUCCCCAAUCAAGUACGGCAAAGAUGGUGUAAUUGAGAUACAAAGUUCUCCUCGGGAAACUCGAAUGUUCAACGGCCGUAACUACAUCAUGGAGGAGGCAAUUACUGGGGACUUCGCUCUCAUCAAGGCCUGGAAAGCUGACAAAGCAGGCAACCUCAUCUUCAGAAAGACAACACGCAACUUCAACCUGCCAAUGUGUAAGGCUGCAGAAACAACUAUAGUGGAAGUAGAAGAAAUAGUGGAAAUUGGUGACAUCCCAGACGAUUCAGUCCACAUACCUGCCAUAUAUGUUGAUCGCAUUGUCUUAGGAGAGAAAUAUGAGAAGAGGAUCGAGCGUCUGACCCUGCGCAAGGAGAAGAAGAAGAGUGCAGCAGCUUCUAAUCCUGCAGUGGCUAUGAGAGAGCGUAUUGUGAGAAGAGCAGCUUUGGAAUUCAAGGAUGGCAUGUAUGCCAAUCUUGGUAUUGGAAUGCCCAUGCUUGCCAGUAACUACAUUCCUGAUG